AUGAGGGUUAAUGAUUUUUUCAACCCUUAUGGAGGUAGCACCACCGAUUCCUUCUCUCAUUCUCAACCAACCAUAGCCGAGUUGAGUGCCCAGAUGGCUAAGCUCCUACAUAUGCAUACUUUGACCCCAAAUCUAAUCCUGAAUCAGGAUCCUCUUUUGAUAACCCUGAACCCGAUCCGGAAUCAGGAUCCUAUUUUGACGACCCCGACCCCGACCCUGCCUAUGACGACGACAACCCCGACCCCGACUCCGAAGACGACCCCGAACCCCACUCCGAUGAUGACCCCGACCUCGAAUUUGUCUCUGAUUCAUACCUCGAUCCCGAUUUCGACUCCGACUCUAACCCCGACUCAGGCUCAGAUCCCGAUUCAAAUUCCUACUCAACCUGUAUCCUAUGCAUCUUUCGCUGCACAGAUUAUGACUUCUCGACUAACGACCCCGACACAUGGACUAGAUUGCGCAUAUUGUGGUGAUCCGAGACACACUCGUAAGACUUGUUUUAAAUUACAUGGCUACCCCGAUUGGUGGGCUACUCUUAAAGAUCGAGGAUAA